AUGGAAUUGAGGGAUUACUCCCGUCGCGAUCCAACAUCACCACCCGAGGAUUGGGAACCCACGAGCCCUUCCAUCGCAAGGAAACCGAUAAGCGCCAGCAAACUAUCCCCUUCUCCAUAUACCUCUCCCGAUUACGCCACGACCUCCUUCUCCCAGCGCGCAGCUCAACCCUUCCUCCCGCGACAAAAUACAACCGACACAGCUUACUAUGGCGCUUCAACCCCGUUGGGAAUAUGGGAACCCACAGAACCUCAUGCGCCGGGUUCCGGACGACCGCAGGCUUAUAGAGAAGAUAGUCAAGCUUCACUCUUGAUGAGCGGCGGUGGCCCAAGAGAUCUUCCUCCGAAUAUGCCUCCGGCCGGUCACGGUCCUCCCCCGCCGACUCCCCCGCACAAUAAUGGCUUUUGGGACUGGUGGCAUCACAAUUGGAAGCCGUCUUGGAGCAUGUACAUUCUCGUCUUGUCGGGAAUUGCUUUUGCUAUAGGCCAUCAUUUCUACUACGAUGCCCUUCACAACAAAGUCGCAAACGAUCAGCAGGGCAAACUUCGAUACGGCGCCCUUCUAGCAUUCUUGUCAAAGGCAUGUUUUCUCAACGCUGUCGUCCUAGCUUUCCGCCAGAGAGUUUUGAUGAUGAUUCGUCGCAAGAUGCUUACGCUUGCUACUCUUGACUCGCUUUUCGCAGCGUCCGAAGACUUGACAGCUUUGCUCAAUUGGGAAGCCUGGGUAAAUGCCAAGUUCGCCAUGGCUCUGACAAUAUUUAUUUGGACGUCGCCUCUGAUUGUUAUUUUUACAUCAUAUACCCUUACCGUCAAGCCGCAGAAAAAGCAGGAGAUAACGCAGUGCGCAAACAUUCGCACCCUGAACUUCGAGCACGAGAGGGAGGUUUACUGGAGAACUCCAGCUAAGGUCGACAAUUACUUUGAGACUUCUGUCUCCCUCUGGAACACUACCGCAGCUGGCGAGUCUAUCAACAAAACGGACCCCAACGAAUUUGACUAUUACACUGGCAACAGUCAACAGUUCGAGUCCAUUGCCCUCAAGACGGCAUACGCGCAGCAAACAAUCAUGCGACCCAAGGCGCCGAAAGAGAUUUGCGGUGCAGGUUGGAAUUGCUCUUAUACCAUCGAGUUCACUGGUCCCGGAUACAAAUGUACAACAUUGGCUUCGGGAGUCAACGCGGAGGUCAAGAAGCUCGGCAACGCAAAAUGUCCCUUUGACACAAACGACAUAGCGCCCAUGGGAAACUACACAUAUUAUGCAAUGCUCGACCGAGGAGACUAUGAGAAUCCGCAAAUAAAGGAGGCGGAAAUCGGCGGAAGACCUAAGCAGAAGCCACCAUAUCCGAAAAACCUAGGUGUCUUCCGGACCGAACCCAUCCUAUGGUUUGGCUACGCUGAAGUUGACGACAGAGACAAACCUCAGCCUCCAGAGCCGCGCAAAGGCGACUGGUACAAGGCAUAUACCCCAACCAUAUUUGGAUGCGAGCACUACCAAACUAAGUACAAAGUUCAAUUAAACUACACUGGUGGGGUUCAGUCUCACAAUGUGACGAGCCGCAAGUUUGUCAAAAAGUUGAUUGACACGACCUUAAUACCUGACAAAAAGGAUCCCGACAAAAGACUCAAAGACCGAACCGUGGCGGAACCCGAGGAGAAUUACGUACACCCUCAAAACAUUUCAGACUAUCGACUGACGGCUGCGUACCAUGCUGUAGGAUACCAGCUGCGGACGAUUCUAAAUGGUACCACGACGAUGCCGCAUUUCAAUGUCAAUAGCAAGAUCCUCCAGACAAGACUUGUUGACCGCCUCAACUAUCUUCCCGUCAAGGACUUUCCCCUCGAAGUGCAAAAGUUUUACGAGGAGAUUUUAUUAUCGUUCCUGUCGGAUCCGCAGAUGUCUGCUGUCUCAUGGGCUGCCAAACCCUCCAAUUUCUCUGGCACGAUCAAGAGCGACAAAAGCUUGGAUUAUCCUUGUAUAAGGUGGCAAGAAAGGAACUGCUUCUUUUAUAAUUUUGCGCAAUUGUGGGCUGUGUAUGCGAUCUCCAUGGGUAUCACAAUCCUUGCAGUCGCAUCAGGCGUGGCGGCGAUGGAGGAGAACGCCAUCAUGCGAAGCCUGAGUUUCUCGGCCAUUCUUGCCGCGUCGAGAGCUUCCAGUCUCGAUAAGCUACGAUGGGAGCAAGAGGCUGAGCUCAAGAGUCGAAAGAUCGGAUUCGGAAUCGUAGCAGAUCCGACGGGCGAGAGAACAUACUCUUUCGGCGUCGAGGGGGAUGUCAGUCAGGAAAAAACUGCCGCGGUGGCCACAGGGCGCUCGCCAGGCCUCUCGGUGAUGAAUUGGGGCGAUAGAACAGCGCGCAGAAUGAGUUAUGCCGUGUUGAACAAAAAGGACAGACCAGAAGAUUAA